UGACACGGUCCGUGAAACGCAACGCACGCGUCCAAAACCGCGUAUAAAGGAACGCAACACGCGCGCAAAAACUUACGUUCCACUCGUAAUUAUAACGAAUUGUAAGUAUUGAAUAAAAUAUUUCUCUCCUUUUCCACGAGUAAACCAAAACAGCUCAGUAUGGUUUCUUAAGUUGGUACUUGUCUGUGUUAAAAAACACACAUGUAGGUACUGUUGUUAUCUCGAAGUGAUAAAAUGUUUGAUAGGAAUUUCUCUGUCGCGUCAUUACGAAUGUGUUCGUAUCUAUCGAUUCGUUACAAAUCGAUUGAUGAUUCCGUAUCAAUUAUUCAAUCACCCUUUUCCUCACUACACGCGGUGAAUGGAAAAAUUGGAACUUAAAAAAACAAUAAAAAAUUCAAUGCAAUGAUGUAUGCCGGUGACAAUGGGCGGAUGGGUGAGCCACCUGCUCUGGGGCGGCAACCCCGACGAGGUGAACCCCGUGUCGGGUCUGACGCGGCGCGAGGUGUACGCAGUGCAGAAGUCCUGGGCGCCAGUCUUCGCGGACUCAGUGGGCAACGGCACGGAGAUAUUGAAGAGGUUAUUCAAAACAUAUCCUGAGACAAGAGAGUUCUUCAAGAUGAUAAAGAAGGUGCCUGAAUCUGAAUACGCGCAGAAUAUACAAUUCAAAGCACACGUCAUAAACCUGAUGACAUCCCUCAACCUCGCGAUCAUCAACCUCAACCAGCCGGAAGUAGUAGCGGCAAUGAUGUACAAAAUAGGUGACAAUCACAAAAGAAGACAAAUCAAAGAAAAACAUUUUAAUGACUUGAAGAACGUCCUCGUCAAGGUGUUUGUGGAAGUUCUAAAGCUGGACGCGAAGACACUGGAAGCAUGGGGUAAAACUGUCGACUUCUGGUACAAACACAUAUUUCCAGCGCUGAACGCCACCGAAACGAGAUAACACAAAUGUUCUCGACAUUUUCAAGAUAAAAUAGGACUCAACGGCUACAGA